CAGGCCUACUUGUUAAAAUGGGUAGGCAUACCUAACUUGGAGUUAUGCGAAGGACAUUAUGGUUUAACAGAAGGAAAUAUUCGAGUUCAAUAUGGAAAGAAAUUCUACCUUGGAAAACAACACUCGUGUUCAUCCUGUGACAAACGUAUCGAGCGAAGAUGAUGAGCACAAGGAUAUGUAUCAAGGAUCUUUCAAUCUUGUGGCAGAUGUUCCUCCAAUUGUCCUGGCAUUUUUUAUCGUAACUAUUAACACCAUGGUGCUACUUUUGAUGGCUAAGAAAAAACAUCUCCGAUCGAUCACUAAUCUUCUGCUAUGUAGCCUGGCUGUGUCUGACUUGCUCACAGGCCUGGUUGCUGUGCCAAUGUUUCUCAUGUGCAACCAUCACAUCCAAUCAGCCACGUGCAUCACAGAAGAAAUGACGGCACGCUUCAUAAGUGCUUUGAUUGUGUGUCAUUUGAUGGCCGUGACAACUGACAGAUACUUAGCCAUCGUUCAUCCUAUGCGUUAUUCCACACUGGUCACCAAGCCCAGGUGUGUUAUGGUUAUUCUCCUUAUAUGGCUAUUGUCAGCGGUUACUUCAUUAUUGCAGUUCACCUGGCUCGACCCAAUCCAUCAUGACCCUCACGAGGGGGAAUCAGAUCAGUUCAGGAAGAAAGAACUGAUUUAUGACAUUGCGUUUCUUGCUUUGUACUUCCUCUUUCCAGUGGUUUCCAUGCUUUUCUCUUAUGUCAUAAUCAUCUUUGAGAUCAUCCGCCAAAGCCGAAAUAUUCAACGGCACAGUACGCCGGGCGUAAGUGCCAGAAGAAACAGAAACCACCACGAAAGGAAAGCCAUUGUAAUCUUUGCCGCCAUGAUACUUCUUUACGUAGUUUGCUGGUUACCUUACUUUGGAAUUCGAAGGUUCGACAUGUCAGAGGCACCAUUAAUUUUAUUGUAUUGUAUCCUCUGGCUGAGAUACCUGGCGUCGUUUUUAAACCCUUGUAUGUACAUAUUUGGCAAACAGGAUUUCCGUAAGAUUGCAUUUGACAAUUUUCGACGUCUGAGCGACAUCAAACUAGAGUUGAAUUUUACUUCAACUUCCAAGUCCAACAUUUUGAAGGCAACCUUGGCAACAUCCGGUGUUAAAAGCGAAAAAAUCAAAAUGAAGUCCUUCCCUAAAGUUAACACCAAGAAUUAAAGAAUAACUCCAGGAUCUUAUAAAGCAGUCAGGCUUCGGAGUGUUUCUUUCAAAAGCUUAGCUGUUUGACUCUCGUAGAUUUACAUAAUCUGGUGGUAUGUACACUAUGUCUAAACUACAUUGAAGCAGCCGGCAGGAGGCUCCUGCAGCCGUUAAUUAUGUUAGUAACUCACUGUUAGCUGAGAAUUCAAAGAAGCUUCAAGAGGGUAAAAGUAUGUCAGCACGACCUUCGUUGGGUAGUCUUUGAGUAAGCACACUAUUUUCAAGUAGUCUUGGUUAAGUCCCUUAGUUAAGUACGUCUUUUGUCCGUCAGCAAACUAGCCCUAAGCCCUAAGAUUACUUUUGGGGAUACUAAAGUGUUUAUUUUAUAAAUACUGUCCGUAAUGGCGUUCGUCUGUUCAAUAAUAGAUCAAAAUUGACGUCAAUAUGUCUUAAGAACAGGA